AUGUCGAGCUCCGGCCAGUGCCCACUCUUCAGCGGCUCCCUAGCUCCAACAGUCCAAGCACCUGUCUUCCAACGGUCGGUGAAUAAUGUCGCGCCGCGGUCCACAGACUUCGGCGCAAAGAUGAGGCUGGAGGACGUCGAUGAGGUCAAUGACGAUAUCGGUCAGCUAGCGGGCAAGCAUGGUUCGUGCUCUUUGUCCGAGAGUGGAGCAGAGUGCCGUUAUCACAUCCGUCAAGCUGAGGAGAAUUCGUCUCGUCACGGUCCAAGCUCUCGGCCGUCCCCGCAGAUGGCAGCUUGGCUGUUCGGUGGAGAUAUUUGA